AUGUCGUUGAGUGGGCAGCCCAAAGUCAUACUCUUUGACAUUGGUGGAGUCGUUGUGGUCUCGCCAUUCCAGUCCAUACUAGAUUAUGAGUUGAGCCUAGGAAUACCACCAGGAUGGAUCAACUACUCCAUAUCCAAAACCGCACCCAACGGGUUCUGGCAUAAGCUAGAGAGGGGCGAUAUCCCCAUGGACGAUGCCUACUUUGAGGGCUUCAGUAGAGAUCUGCAUGACUCUGCCCGGUGGGAGGCAUUCUACAAGACCCAACAGGGCAAGGAUGCCAAGCUGCCAAAGGAUAUUCCCCCGCUGCCCACGCUGGACGCAAGGUGGCUCUUCAAUGAGAUGAUGACAGCCUCGACGGCACCGGACCCGUGGAUGUACCCGGCGCUCAAGAAACUCAAAGAAAGCGGCAAGUUCAUCCUGGCGGCGGUCAGCAACACCGUCAUAUUCCCGCCUGGGCACUCUCUGUACCAAGAAGAUUAUUUCGGCGGUCCAGUGAGGGGCUUGUUUGACGUUUUUGUCUCCUCGGCACACGUCGGUCUGCGGAAACCAGAUCCGAAAAUGUAUCAGUACACUUUGGCUGAGAUCAACAAAUACGCUUCAAAACAAGGGGCGGGCGGGCCAAAGGCAGUCAACAGUGACAUUAAGCCAGAAGACAUAGUCUUUCUGGACGACAUUGGCGAGAACCUAAAAGCGGCCAAGAAGCUCGGCCUGAGAACUAUAAAGGUGAACUUGGGCAGGGCGUUUGAGGCAGUCGAUGAGCUGGAAAAAGUGACUGGACUCCAGCUAGCUGGCGAUCAUCCUAGAAUACCAAUCCAGCCUAGAUAUGGCCCUGUAAAGGCAAAGAUAUAA